CCUCCUCGCCCCCCGCGGGAACGGGGCCUGCCUUGCUGUAGCAUCGAGUUACGGAGAGGGCCGCUCUGGCUCUCAAACGCCGUGUUUUGGCGUGUCAUCUGCACGCCGCCCGUCCUGGGUGGGGUGCAGGAGGGCAAGGGCGUGCGGGAAGAAGGGGCUCCCGCCUUGGCCCUUCAGGAGGAGAGCCCAGCCCUGUUGGGAAGGGCUUUGCCCGCAGAUGGGAAGCAGGACUGUGUGUGCGGGGCGCGGGGCUGCGCUGCCUGGGCUUCAGCAACACCUCUGCGCUCUGGGACGGCCCUUGCUCGGGCCGGACGCUGCCCCUACACCGCGGUGUCCCAGCAGCGUGAGGCGCUGCCCCGGGAAGGAUGAGAUGACCCCCCACUCCCGGGGGGAUCCGCCGCUGCUCGCACCUCGAGUGUCAGCAGCAGAUAGCGGCGUUUUAUUUGGAUGUCUUCGGCCUCCGCACCUCCUGUUGCUCCUUUUCCGAGUGUGACCCACAGUUCUCCGCCUGGCGUGCAGCGGGAACUGCCGAAUGUUUGCCGGGGUGCCGUCGGUGUGCCCCGGGCCAGGGCAGCAGUGCCCCUGGCUGGGCAGCGACUGGCCCCGGGGAGCACAGGAGGGAGCACCUGCACCUGUGUAACGGAGCAGGGGAAACAGAGAGACCCUGUGCAGAGUGUUCACUGUGCGAUGCAAAACAUGCCACGUCACCUCGUACCUCAGUUUCUCCAUCUGUGGAAACUAAGGUGGUGAUUGACUACCUGCUUGAUGAUGUACCACUGAGGCUUAAUUCCUUGGAGGUCCUGGAUCAAGGACAGUGUUGAGAGCUCAUGUGCACAGUGCUCACAGACCAUUAUUCCAUGCUCCAAGUCUUCAUGCUUUACUUAGAUGAUCUCUGCAUCUCAAAAUUGCUUCAGUUUUUCCCUACAAAGAAGAAACCCAAGACAGCUGAAAACCAGAAGGCGUCUGAGGAGAAUGAGAUUACUCAGACGGGUGCAUGCAGCGCCAAGCCGGGCCUUCCCUGCCUGAACCUUGAAGCUGUUCCGUCUCUGAGCCCGGCCCUCAUCCACUUUCCACAUUCACCAACAAACCUGCACGCACACACAGGGUCAUCUGAUUGUAACAUCAGUUGCAAGGGGAUGACAGAGCGCAUUCAUAGCAUCAACCUUCACAACUUCAGCAAUUCUGUGCUCGAGACCCUCAACGAGCAGCGCAACCGUGGCCACUUCUGUGACGUGACGGUCCGCAUCCACGGGAGCAUGCUACGCGCCCACCGUUGUGUGCUGGCGGCUGGCAGCCCCUUUUUCCAGGACAAAUUGCUGCUGGGCUACAGUGACAUCGAGAUCCCCUCAGUGGUGUCAGUCCAGUCUGUGCAAAAGCUCAUUGACUUCAUGUACAGCGGGGUGCUGCGGGUCUCACAGUCAGAGGCCCUCCAAAUCCUCACAGCUGCCAGCAUCCUGCAGAUCAAGACUGUGAUCGAUGAGUGCACAAGGAUUGUCUCGCAAAAUGUGGGAGAGGUCUACCCAGUGAUUCAGGAUUCUGGCCAGGAGACACCCAGAGGAACACCCGAAUCAGGCACCUCGGGGCAGAGCACCGACACAGAGUCUGGCUACCUGCAGAGCCAUUCACAGCACAGUGUGGACAGGAUCUAUUCGGCCCUCUAUGCCUGUUCCAUGCAAAAUGGCAGUGGGGAGCGCUCCUUUUACAGUGGAGCUGUGGUCAGCCACCAUGAAACAGCCCUGGGACUCCCCAGGGACCAUCACAUAGAAGAUCCCAGCUGGAUUACCCGGAUCCAUGAACGGUCGCAACAGAUGGAGCGGUACCUCUCCACCACUCCAGAGACCACACACUGCCGCAAGCAACCGCGCCCUGUCCGAAUUCAAACCCUGAUGGGCAACAUCCAUAUUAAGCAGGAGAUGGAGGAUGACUAUGACUACUAUGGCCAACAGAGGGUGCAGAUCCUUGAGCGCAAUGAGUCUGAGGAAUGCACUGAGGACACUGACCAAGCAGAAGGCACUGAGAGUGAGCCCAAAGGGGAGAGUUUUGACUCAGGCGUCAGUUCCUCCAUUGGCACUGAGCCUGAUUCCAUGGAGCAGCAGUUUAUGGCUGCUCUGGGCCGGGAUGGGCAGCAAGAACCUUCUCAAGCAGAUCAAAAUGACGUCCCUGCUGAUGGCACUCAGCCGCAGCAGCAGCAGCAACAUGUAGAUGCCAACUCUUCCUCACCAGAGAGAAGCAAUGACGUUGAAAUGGACAGCAAAGUGCUCACAGUCAAUAACAGCACCGAAAAGGGGGCUUUGCAGCCUUCUGUCAACACAACUGUUGCCCAACCAUUGCCAACCACACAGAUCUACUUACGCCAGACAGAAACCCUCACCAGCAAUCUGAGGAUGCCACUGACUCUGACCAGCAACACUCAGGUCAUUGGCACAGCUGGCAACACCUACCUGCCUGCCCUUUUCACCACGCAGUCUGCUGGCAGUGGCCCUAAACCUUUUCUCUUCAGCCUGCCCCAGCCUUUAGCUGGCCAACAGACACAGUUUGUGACAGUGUCCCAGCCUGGCCUGUCAACCUUUACUGCCCAGCUGCCAGCCCCACAGCCCUUGGCCCCGUCUGCGGGCCACAGCACAGCGGGUGGGCAAGGCGAAAAAAAGCCUUACGAGUGCACUCUCUGUAACAAGACUUUCACCGCCAAACAGAACUAUGUCAAGCACAUGUUUGUACACACAGGUGAGAAACCACACCAAUGCAGCAUCUGUUGGCGCUCCUUCUCUUUAAAGGAUUACCUAAUCAAACACAUGGUGACGCACACCGGCGUGAGGGCGUACCAGUGUAGUAUCUGCAACAAGCGCUUCACCCAGAAGAGCUCCCUUAAUGUGCACAUGCGUCUCCACCGUGGGGAGAAGUCCUACGAGUGCUACAUCUGCAAGAAGAAGUUCUCCCACAAGACCCUGCUGGAGAGGCAUGUGGCUCUGCACAGUGCCACCAACGGCACGCCUGGAGCCACCGGCACCGGCGCGAGGGCUGUCCCCGCCGGGGUGGUGGCCUGCACGGAGGGGACCACGUACGUCUGCUCUGUCUGUCCAGCUAAGUUUGACCAAAUCGAGCAUUUCAACGACCACAUGAGGAUGCAUGUGUCAGACGGAUAAGUAGAAUCUCUCUCUCUCUCUUUGUUAUGAACAACAAAAAUAGAAACAACAAAAAAAAAAAAGAAAGCUAUGGCACUAGAAUUUAAGAAAUUAUUUUUGUUUCAUUUUUACCUUUAUUUUCCUCCUUUUUUUGGGUUCAUUUUGUUUUGUUGUUUUUGUACUACAUGAAGAACUGUUUUUUGCCUGCUGGUACAUUACAUUUCCGGAGGCUGGGUGAAUAAUAAUUUUCCCAGCCUCCCUCGGAUGGUGGCCUUAAGGCCAGGUAGUGCUUCAUGAGCUCCACUGGUUGGAUCUCUAGCUACUGGCCUCUAAAUACAACCCUUCUUUACUACAAAAAGCAAACAACAAAAAAAAAAACCACAAAAAAAAUUUAAAAAAACAGACAGAAAAUAAUAAAAAAAAAAAAAAUCUUUUUUUCUCACUUGUGAAGAGCACUACAAAAAAAACAAACAAAACAAAAUAUACUACAAAUCUACAAGGCCUACUGUCAUUAUAAGUACACCGCUUGCAGUGUUUCAAUGGACAUGAUUCACAUUGCUGACCGCUUUUGGACUUCACAGUAUCCAGUUAGAACUGUGGAAUAUUUUGCUUCUGGUUGAGCAGCAACCAGAGGAAACAAGGCCCUGCUGGUUUCCACCACGAGUCUGCUUUUUCACACACACGCAUCCACAAACACACAAAAGGGCUGAGGGGAAUGCGAGGCAGUGUGGCUUGGAUAGUGUGGAGUCCCUGCAGGGUGAGGAAAAAGAAUCAGAGGUUCCUCACCUGGAUUCUGCUCCAUCCCACGCUCUCUGGCGCACCCUCCCCGCUGCUUUUCUCGUACCACCACCACCACCUUAUAGCAGAAACCAAGAAGAUUCAGACAAAGAGCAACGGUGGCUUUUUGUAAUUUAUUCAGUGUCUUCGCUGAGCACAGGGCCUCAGCACAAUCAAGAGGGACUUUCACAGAAGGCAAAGAGAAACACAGAGGAAAAUCAAAGAUACCAGAGGUUGCAACCUAUGGAUCUAGGUACAAGAGAAGGGUUAGUUCCCACAAUCUUUGCAAAAAAAAAAAAAAAGUUGCAUCAGGAUUUAUUCUUGUGGAAGAAAGAGGAAUAGAGGGUGGGUGGGGAGGGGAAUAAUAAUUUAAAAAAAAGAGUUCUUGGGACUUUUUUAAUUCAAAAUUUUAUAGAGGGGCAAAAGUGACGUUUACCAGAUAGAAUGCUGAUUUUUUUAAUAUAUUUACAACAGUAUUUGUGUAAAAAAAAAACAAAAAAAGUGAGAUUGUUAAAAGUAAUUUUUCUUUGUUUUCUUUUUUGUUUUGCAUACACUGCCACUAAUAUCUUCUCUUUUAUUAUAUAUAUGAAUAUAUAUAAAAAUAUAUAUUUUAUUUUAAAUUGAGACUGUUAAGGUUAGCUAACCUGCUUCCAGAUAGAGGGGGGGAGGGGAGAUGAUCUUGAUUUUUAUUUUAAAAAAGAGGAAGGAUGUUUCUUAAUUUUCUUUUCUAGUAUUAUUCUCUCUCUUUUCUAAUGGAAUCAAGAAUUACCUGGGUCGAUGAGGGGCUCUGUGAAGUCAUCUGUGAGAUUAUCUACUAGUGUUUGUGCAUCCUGCAGUAUCAUUUGAACUGCUACUUUGUUUUUUGAAUUACAUGGUUCUCUUUUUGGCUCUUACCAAGCUUCUAUUGUUUCUUUUUUGGUUCCACCUCAGAAUUUAUUUCUGCUGAAGGAUGGUUUCUUUUGAGAAAGAGAUUUUUCUAGCAAUGUUUCCUUGGUUUUGGGAAUGAUAUAAUCUGUAGUCUUUCUUCUUAUUUGAAAAAGUAAUGAAAGUUUUGGAAGUGUGUAAUAACUAGGAUUUCCCUUCUUUUUGGUCACUGGACAAGAAUUAAUCUGCUGUAUUGUUCUCUCAUCCCUGCCUUGCUCGCUAGAGAGCUUCCAUAUUUGUGUGGGAAUCUGAUCCUGCCCCUGGUAAUUUGUGCUGAUGCCAAAAUAACUUAAAAUGUUACCAUUGCAAAUAAUCUUCCCUUCAUUUGCAAAAGUGUCUAAUGGAAGGGCCACAUCCCGCAUUCUCUGCAUAUACCAAGCUAUGCAAGGAAUGUAGGAUCAGUGUGAAAGAUUGAUUCCUGAUCUGCAUAUAUAUGUCGGUGUUCUGUAUUUUGUUUUACUGUGUUUGAACUGGUGUUCUCCCUAGUUGUCUUCUGUGUAUCUGUGUAAGAAUUUUUCCCCCAAAGCCAACUCCCAAAGUACGUGGGUCCUUAGUUCAGUUGGAUCAGUGUCUGACACUGUCUUGCUUGAAAUCUAUAGUGAGGACUUGCACCAGCUGCACUCUGGACUUCAUAUUUUAGGCAGAGAAAAAGCACCUAACAAAAAUAUGCAAAAAGAAAAAAAAAGAAAAAUUGCUAGUUUAGCUUUUACUUGUGUUUAUAUUUAAAUUAAGCUUUCUUAAGUUUACAGAACUUUGCUUGUGAACACUGAGCAUUUCACAUGAGACAUUUUUUUAUGCUGGACAACCUUCUAAUUGUUGACUUGAUAGAUCUCCAUAUACAACUUUGUGUGUUCUUUACACCUGCGGCUUCUCUAUCAGAUGUCUGUCAUUCAGUACAGGUAACUUCAUUUAUAUGUUCUAUGCCUGUUCCAUUACAAUUUAUUUGGGAAAAAAAACCUAACAGGUGGUUCAGUCUCAGAAUCUUUCUAUGCCCUGCAAGGUAUUGUUCAGCAGAUCCUAAACGCUGAAGCCCUGAUUCUCAUCUGCAGUAUGCAGCAUAAGAGAGGCUUUGAGGUGAGUGCCAGAGCAAAUGAGUCUCUUUUAUGGUAACGUCUUUCUAUGUUACCAAUUUGUUUGGGUAGCUCAAGGGGCUGGAGAAGGAGCACAAGUUAGUUAACAAAUAUUGUUGUUUUAACCAUACUGGAAAAAGCAAUGCCAGCAUGUAAACCGAGAAGUGAAAAGACAAAGCCCAGGACACAGAGAGGGAGAACUAAUAUCUGCCAUGCAAAGGCACACUAAAUCUGUGUGCAGAAAACAAAGGUUCUGGAGACAAGGGUGUGGAAGAAAAUGGGGAAAGUGAACCUAGACAAAAGGAUUAGAGACUUUUCUCUGGGGAAAGGUUGUUUUCUUCUGAGAUCUUUCGUAUAGAAGAGUGUUAUCCCAUAUGAGGAAUGAGUGAAAAAUUUUACCCAACUUAAAAAUAUGUAGCUGCUCAUUUGUCAUCUGAGGUAGGGGAAAAGCUGUUUAAUUUGCUGUUGUGACUCUGGUGAACUAUAGUCAAGAUGUAGCAUAUUCUGGAAUAUGGUUCUGAUACCAGAAGAAAUAUACCAGUAAACAGGAAACAAGAAUCAGGGUUUACAUCCACCAAAAUCCAAGUACUAUCAUGUUUAGAGAGAAAAAUCCUAUCCAAAUUUUAAUCCUUCAGCUUUCAUCCUUCCCUAAAUCAAAGAAGCAUCAUCUUUUAAAUCCAAACUUUUUAUGAGGUCUAAUAAAUUUGAAUUAAAGAUCAGUAGUGAAUGAAUGGAGGGUGCCAGUUGAAUAAAAUAAAUAGACAAAGUUCUUCAAGUAAAGCUAGGGCUUACUAGAUUGAAUUCUAAAACACUUGUCAAAGAAUUUAGGCCAAGUUCUUCAUAAAUGAGUGCCUGAAAUAUUAACUGAUUUUGUUGAACUUCAAGACUUGAUUUUGUAAAACAUGAAGCAACGUGCAGCAUGACUGCUAAUGUAGCUGAAAGUGCUUGCCAGGUCACUGUGAAUUUAGGAGCUCAAACAUAACCCCCUUUGUCUUUUACAAUGUUAAAUUCUUUUUAGUAAUGUUUCCUCCCAUCUUUGAAAUACUUAUAUGCUACUUGGAAACAACUAUAAUAUCCAAAUGUUGCAGGUAUAUUCAGCCUUCAUGUAUUGCUACAAUAUUCCUUAGCAGAAAGAAUGGCAGUCACAGUGAUCUGGAAACCACUGCUGACAGUGGUUUAGCGAAUCUCUUCUCAGUAUGCUUAAAAGGCUUCCUGCCAAACACCUGAUAAAAUGAUACAGAUGAGAAAACACAGACUGUAGCACACAUCCUUCUGAUGAAGCAUGCAAUAUCCUGCAUUCCUUGAGCUUGAUUCUCACUUUUCCUUAAGCUCUCUUUAUAUUGCUUUGGUAAUGGAAAAGGGCAUUAAAUAGAACAUAAAUUCAAGCUUACAAAUCCAGGCCUCUCUGCAAGGCAAAAGUGCAAUAAAGGAAGCCUUAGAGUAAAUGAGAAGUAAGUGCCUUCUCUUACUGCUGCUGAGGCUGGUGAAGUAAAUUGGAAAUGUAGGAUUGGCCGGAGCAGAUCUGCCCUGUGGUCCAUCUCACCCAGUACUCUGUCUCUGACAUGUGGCCACUUAGAGAUGAUUUGAAUGAAGAUGAAAGACCCAUGUUGGAUAAUUACAAAGCAAUAAGCCUAAGGGAGAAGAUUUAUUAUAAUCCUCAUUAACUAUUUGUACAUAUAAAAACAUAUAAAUUUGAAUAAAAUAUUUACUUGCCUAUAACUUAAAGACAUAAUUUAUGGCUUUAAGUUUUUAUCCCAUAUAAAAAUUAUAUAUUGUGGCAGGUAAUUCUCAUUGUCCUUUAAAGAUCUAUUUUAUUAAUUCCUAGCUGGGCCCCAUGCUGUCCUGUGGAAGUGAGUUCCUCAGGUAAAUUACCCCCUCGUUGAAAUGAUUCCUUUUCAAGUUAAUUCUGUUGCUGUUCCUUGAAAUACCCUUCUUCUUGUAUUAUGUGAAAUCAUAAAUCAGAGAACCAAAAUUUAAUUUCUCUUGCCCAUUCCACUGAGGUCUGCCUGGGAAAUAUGAAUCCACAAGGAAUGCAGGACCACAACCUCAGUGUCUGCUGAUCAGCAAGGAGAGAACAGCUACUGAGUGUGUCCGUGUGCAUGUCUGGGGUGUGUGCAUUAGUGAGGUUUUCCUACAGUGGUCUCUUGCAGAGGACUAGCAGGCACAACUCAUGAAUAAUGGAAACAUACCAGUACAGUACAUAAAUUGUACUAUAAAUUGUAAUAUUGUAUUUCAGUCUGGUCCCUCGUCUCAGAAAACCCAUAUUAAUAGUCUCUUAUAAGAGAAAUAGUUACAGAUGUUUUGCAGGAGCUACUCUGGGGACACUUUCUCAACAUCUGUCAUGCUUUCACUAGACCUGCUUCUGGCCCACGCUGUUAGUUAGCUUCAAAACCAGCUCAAGUUCACAGUAAGCUAACAGGGAAGAGUAGCAUUUAAUUGACUUUAAGUGAGUGAGGUUUCCUUUUGCUCUAAGAUCAAAGAGGCCAAGUGGAACCCAUUUUUCCUCUUUUGAUUUCUUUCAUCCAAAGGAGAGUUGAGUAAUAACCCACAUACCAUCAGCCCCUUCACUUCUUAUCAACCCCAAACUGAUUGACUUCCUUCAACCUGGAGCUACUCUUUUAACGCUUGAUCACUCACAUGGUGGAGGAACAGAUCUCUUCCCUUUAGUGAGUAUUAUGCUAGCAUUUACUGUGUCUCUUAAUAAUGAAAACAAAUCCCAAAAGGAGAAGGUCCAAAACAUACUCUUCACAGGAGUGUUGAGUCCAGUCCAAAAUCAGAAGCACACAAAUCAUUUCAAACAUGACCAGACCUUCAGUGUACCUAAAUCUGCUUCCCUUCUGACAAUUAUGCUAAGGAAAUCCUCUAACUCUCACUGAUGAAAAUGACUUGCCACUCAAAAGGAAAAAAAAGCAUCGGCCUGAAAAAGGGAAGGCUCUGGGGAGACCUUAUGACAGCCUUCCAGUACCUAAAGAGGGCUGACAAGAAGGCUGGAGGGGGACUUUUCACAAGGGCAUGUAGUGAUAGGAUGGGGGGGAAAUGGCCUUAAGCUGAAGGAGGGUAGGUUUAGAUUAGAUACUAGAAAGAAAUUCUUUACAAGAAGAGUAAAGACAGUGGAACAGGUUGCCCAGAAAGGUUGUGGACUCCCCAUCCCUGUAGGUGUUCAAGACCAGGCUGAAUGAGGCUCUGAGUAACCUGGUCUAGUGGAAGGUUCCCUGCUAGUUGCAGGGGUUGUUGGAACUAGAUGAUUCUUUAAAGUCCCCUCCAACCCAAACCCUUCUAUGUUAGUAUCACAUUAGCACCUGGUGGCUGUUCUGCCAAGAAAGACUAGUCCUUGGUAACCAACCCUUUCAAUUCAGCUCCUCUGAGUUAUUGUAAUAAACCUUAUAGAAAAGAACCAGCAGGUAGCCUAAUUUUAUCAGCAUCUGAUCAGCUUAAAGCAAAAUAGCUGCUUUUCACAUUCCCUGAUUUGUUUUUAUGCUGGCUGUGAAAAUUUGUGAAGGAGGUGUAAUGUGAUGAGAACUUGGCCCUGAGAGGUUUUGAGCCUCCUCUGCUCCCAGAAGGUUUCUCUUCAGUAAGACCUUGGCCCCUAAGCAAUCACAACUCUGCUGUGAAAAAAGGCUUAUGAGGGAAACUACAGAUAAUACAUUGUCUGGAGUUUGAGUUUGUAAUUAAUUGAAAACCUUGACAGUCCUGCUGACAGAAACCAAAUACAGGUAGAAAAGCCUUGCAGAGGGGCAGAUGCUGAAAGUAGCAAGUCUCUGCAGCAUGUCCAGUAAGACAGUCAAGUGCAUGAAGGUGGCCUAGUGCUAGAUUCAUGUCCAUCAGGGGCUUGUCCAUGCCAAGUCAGUGUUCUUGCUGCUGUUAACCUUAUUUGUCCAGCAAGAAGUAAUAAGCUCUCAGCUAGUUUCCCUUAAAGCUGCUCAGUGCUCCGGUUCAUUUCAGCAGGAGUAAAGGUGUCCAGAUAUUUUCACAGAUGACUCAGGUGGGAAAUAUGGAGAGAGCUUUAGGUGUGUGCCUUUCUUCAAACUAACUCUGACCAAAAAAAAAAAGGUGAGUUAUGUUUUCUCUGGAAUAGAACAGAGAUAUUUGGUCCGCAAGAGAGAUAAUGACAGAGAGAUGACCUAUCUGAAAAAUAAGCAUUAUUAACUCUUGUAAACCUAUUGGGGAACAAUAGGAACAAAACAAGGGAACACAAGGAAGAAUCUUUUUUUUGUUCUUCUAAGAAAAUGUAAUUGAGAAACAUGUUAUAUAAGAAUGUAUGUCCAUAUAAUUAUUCCUAGUGCGGAUAACUAAACAGCUAGAUUAGGAAAAGGCCUCUAAGAUCAUGAAUGCAACAGUUAACCCAGCACUGCCAAGCCCACCACUCAACCAUGUCCCAAAAUGCCACAUCCACACAUGUUCUGAACACUUCCAGGGACAAUGAUUCCACCACUUUCCUGGGCAGCCUGUUCCAAUGCCUGACCUCCCUUUUAGUGAAGAAAUUUUUCCUAAUAUCUAAUCUAAACCUACUCUCAUGCAACUUGUGGCCAUUUCCUUUCAUCCUGUCACCUGUUACUUGGGAGAAGAGAGUGACCCCCCACCUCACUACAACCUCCUUUCAGGUAGAGACUGAUGAAAUCUCCCCUCAACCUCCCUUUCUCCAUAUUCCUCUCUGGAGCCUUCUAAACACUUUGUUAACUGUAUUUUAAUCUCCCACUUUACACAUCAACUAUUUUUCAAAAAGCAAAGAGCAUUAAGAUACUUCUUUCAGAAGCAAAUACACUACAGCCUUGAAUACACUACAGCCUCAUGGACAAUGAUGCCUUAAAACAAAAUGCAUCUGAGCAGUGUGGAGCGUACUUAUGUUUUGUAUCUAUAGCAAAGUUUUAUCUAAAACAUUCCUUUCAUAUGAAAUAUGUUAUGUUGUGUUUUCCUGUUUGAAAGGGCAGGAAAGAAGGAAAGAGGUAUUAGUGAGGCAUAGUGUUCUCUUCAUAUUGGAAGGUGCUUCUCCGCUGUUUCUUACCUUCAGUUACAGCUCCAAGUUCCGUCCUCUUCCAAAGAGAUCUCCUACUUUUGAUUGGGUUGAUUGGCAUCAGCUCCCUUUAAAACUCCUGAGGGUAAAUGGUCUUCCUAAACCAAAUUAAUAAUAUGGGGGUAAGGCUGUGUGAUUUGACUGCAGACUCUAGCCUCUCCAGUGCUAGUGGAGAGAGAAAUCUAGUGAAAAGCUACUUCCCAGUGGCAAAUUCUGUUCUGAAUUUCUAUCAAUGCAACCUCUAUUGGCACUUUUGGGAUUGCAUGCAUGUCACUGGCGAUAAAUAUAGACUCUUUGAUUAGUUUAGCUGCGAUUCCUUUUAAGAAAAGCAUAUUCUAAAAAUAUCCUUUUGCUGCAGCAAUAACAUUACACAAACAAAAGAACUACCAAUAUCCCAUCAUGUGUGAGAACUUCUAUCCAGUUCAGCCCAUAGGGACAUUCUUGUUUCUACCCCUCAUGCAAACUUUAUUAGCACUUGAGCCCUCUUUGUGCUGCGAAAUUCAUGCGUAGUCAUGCAGCCACACCUCAAGCAUCCCUCCUAAAUGCUCUGUGUCAGAUUGAUCUUAGGUAUUACAGUAAUCCACAUGUUUUCGUAAGAUCCCCACUGGGACUUUUCCUGCUGGAAAAUCUGCUACCAGUGUAGGAAAACAUUGCUUGUUUUAGAUAUUUUCCAGACAGAACUACAGACUUCUACACUUUAUACUGUUGACUUGAUUUUUUUCCAAGUUCAUAGUCCUAUGGCACUUGGGAAAAGUGCAGACCUUGGUUAGAUACUUAUUGUUGUGCUUAACUGUCUGAUUCUCCAGUGUCCUGUUCCUACUACAUGGACAGACAUCUUUCUGAGAUCUAUAUGUUUAAUUAGGCACCUUUUCUAUUUCACUUUGCUCCUUUUCUUUUUGCCACCUGGAUAUUGCCAAUUUCUUUGUUAAACCUUAUAAAAUUCCCUGAAGGUUCAACCCUCAUGUCGAAUAUACGCUGUUUGACUAGAGAGGAUCAUCGCAUUCAGGAAGCAGGAUCCCAUUCCCUCACCUGCCCAACUUUCUUUUCAUUUUUCCCAUGAAGUCCUUUACUUUCAUUUGUCACAUAGUCUGCUGGUACCCAUGGGAUCUUUGAGUAAAACCAAAUUAUUUGGCCUGUGUGUGUGUGCAUGCAGAUGUAUGUCUGAGUAUGUGUGUGUAUGUAUGUAUGUCCAGGUAGAGAGCCAGUUGUCUCCUCCUGGCUUUACAGACAGGUUGCUAACUGAGCAUGUGGAUAUGCCUGGUUUAGAUGCAGGAAAGGGUUUAGAUGAAACAACAAUUACAAUAUUAACUGUGGAGCAUUGACAUGACUCUAGUGAAAAAUAAGUACGCUUCUCAUGCAGUAUAUAUGCACAUAUAUAUUCAUUUUAAAAGUUCUGUUAGCCAAAUGCUCACAGUUGGAUGUUUGCCCAAAUAAGAUGUUUGCCCUCAUUCAAAAUGUGAUACCCAGAUUUGGUCCAGUGUAUUUUUGUGAGUACUUAUUCUAAAGGGAAGGCUGAUUUAUGUCUCUCAGAGCCUUAUGUGGUCUUUCAGCCACAAAAUAAAUAAACCAGUUGAUCUCAGCAGGCUUCACUAGCAGAGAUAGGCAUCCAUGGAGGAUGACAGCUCUGGAACAAUACUGUUGAGUUCAGUCAUUCAUUUCCAUGUUCACCUUACAAAGAAAUAAAAUCCAAGCAAAAUAACUUGCUUGUUCACUCUCCCUUAAAAAGAACACUAAGAAAUUAUCAAGUCUUUAAACAGGUAGCAGCACAGUAUAUUGAGAGGCUCUAAAAUAUUCCAGGUCUGGAAUCUCUGGUUUCCAAAGUGCCAUGUCAAACAGCUCUUUCCCCACCUCACGUACUCUGAAAGAUAUUGAUUAUGAAUAUCUUUACAUGUCGUCUGAGAUCCAUUUCAAAUGUGCAGUCACUACCAAAUAACAAGUAACUUUCUCUCCCUUGGUCUUUGCCAAAAUCUCUUCAGGACCAUGGUUAGUGUGUCUAGAAGACCAAUAGAUUUUCAGAAGCAGAAGAAAUUGGUCAGUAAGAUUAAUUAGUAUGUAAUCCAUGAGAACUGCAGGACUUCUAGAACUCAUUCUGCGCCUAUUCAGUUAGUGGGAUGAUGAAGUAUGUUUAGCUACAGCUGCAUAUUUUGGUAUCGUGCUGGCCCCCAAAGUAGCAUUUUAUUAACUCUUUUGCCUGACUAGGGGGUUUUCCUUGGUCCAGACAGGAUAAUUGAAGAUUUUGGGGGAUUUUUUUUCUUUCAUUUUCAGUCAUAAAAUUUGAAGUAAAUGCUAUUCCUCUUCUUAGAUUGGUGGCAUUUCCCUUCCCCUUUUGAAUAAGAUGAUAAUGCAACAGUUUUGGCUGGUUGAUUUUGGGGUGAGAUUUUUAUUUUGGUUUGGUGUUUUUCUUUGGUUAAAUGUACAUUGUCUCUCUAUAGUCAAAAUGUCUUGUGACUGUAACAGUAUGUAUUUCUUUUACUGGAGAAAAUAGACUUUUUGGUUUUUGUUAACAGUACUAGUGACUUUGUGGAAAAUGACAAGUUGCUAUUUAGAUCUGCUUAGUUAAGUACAGUACACUACAAUACAGUAUUUCUGAAAGCUAGAACAUACAGUACACAAUAUAUAUAGCAAUUCUAUAUCAAUAUAUAUACAUAGUAUAAUCAUUUAACUUUUGCAUCUGCCUAUGAUCAUAGAAAAAUAAUUUUUCACAUGUAUCAUUCACAACCCAAUCAAGUGCUGCAGCUAUUUGAAGCAUUUACCAAUAUUACAGCUCUAGUGUGCUUUUUCAUAUUAUUGGCUUCUUUAUUGUCUUUACAAGCAAUUUUUCAGGAUUUUUUUUAAAUCUCUAUGUAGUAAGAUGUAGAAAAGUAAUUUUUUUAAAGAAAAGGUAAAACAGUAUUAGGCUCUACAAAAAGUUAGAGAUUGUUCCCUGCUACCCUUUCAUAUCAGAAGAACAAUUAAUCAAGACAAUUAAGGUUAUCUAUUAGCUCUCUUCUAAGAUGUCCUGUUAUUUCAUUUGUAAUAGUGUAUGUCAGACUUUCCUCUUCCAUUCCUAGCCUUGGAGAAAGAUGCCACAAGUGGUCUUUCACUCCUUCCAAGUUCUGUUUCUUUAAAGUUUUAAGGUUUCCUAAAAUUAUCUUCUGCUUUAAGGUGGGAUAGAAAAAAUUGUUCUCUCCAUAGUUAUGCUGAAUGUGGCCAAUGGAUUUCGCUAGGAAUUGGAUAAGAAAUACCUCCAUCCACUGCUAGUAAUAUAUUCCAAUUGCAUCUUUAUUUAUCCACUUGAUCACCCCUUUUUCAAAUUAAAACAACCUCUGAAAGUUUUAGUUUCAGUUCAUAAGUUUUUAAAGGUGAGUGUUCCCUGCACCAGCUUCAUAGGACAUUCCUGCUGGGUCUGAAUUUUGUGUCAGUCCUGCUGGAUUUUAAUUGUCACCACAGAGCUGCUGAAAAAAAUGUCACUAGGGAGGGAUAUGUCAACAUCUAGAUCCAAAUGGCCCAGGGAAAGCUGGUAGACACCCAAGCCUCAUGGCUUUUUAUGUCCUUUCUGUAUUCUGAUCUUGCAACAGAUGUCCCAGGCAGGAAGUCUUGAUUCAAAAUUAGUGAGAGUGCAAACUUAUGAGAGCAUGGGAAUUUAUGUUUGCUUUCCUAAUUCAGGUACAUCUCAGCUGAUCUUCACUCCUCUGGUUGAUAACAUUUCACUUCUAAAUGAAAAUGUGCAAAACCAAGUGGAUGAGGGUUGUGGAGGAGGUGUUCAUUAUAUCUCAUUUCUCCUAACUCUGAAUACUGGAAGAAAUGAGAGAUGGUCACAUCAAUUACAAAUUGUGCUUUCACCGAGAAUGAGCAAAUCUGUGUCUCUGCAAAUAAAUAGUUAUUUUGGAGUGAGAAGAGAGGGAAGGAGUUACCUUUGCCACAUCUUGGGGUAUUGCAAUCAGAACUUCAAGCAUGGGAAUCAAAAAGUGCCAGCAUUCCUUACAGGCUCCUGCCAUUUGCACUUAUGUGGAGGCCACAUUCUUUUUCUUUCUACUUGCAGUUUAAAAGUUAUGGUCUUCCAGCAGUGAUUUCUAAGUCUGGCUUUUCUUUACUCUGUGUAUACCCAUUUGUAAGGGAAGGAGGAGACUAUCCUCUCAACAUUAAUUACGCAGGUAACAAAACUAGAUUACCCUACUACAUGAAGGAUGGGCUUUGUCCCAUUAAGCCAAACAGGUGCCAUUUCCCAAAUUAAUUCCAUAUAGCUGCUGCAACAGAGUGCUGAUUCAGUGGUCCACAUUUUCUGACCAUGCUCUUUGCCUUUUCCUUUGACUGAAUCCUGAAUCAUACAUAUUUUUUUAGAAAGUGUUCUCACUUGACUGAGAAUGCCAGAUCAUUUAAAUGGCUGCGUACCCAUUCCACACUUGCCCUGCUAAUCCUUUGUGAGGUUCAGUAAUUCAUUUAGCAUAACUACUAGUUUAACAUUUUUCUUGAUUUAACUUCUUUGUUGCCUUUUAUUUUUCCUAAUGCUUUUUUUAAACACCUCAAUUCAUUUUGCAUGUUAUACAGUUUACAGUUUAUAUUUUUAGGCUAAGAAGUGGUUUUACAAACAGGAUGGUACCAAACAGGUAGAUUAUCCACACUAGAGAUUGUACUUUUAGAACGCAGUGUGUACAGAUACAAUUGCCUAAAGGAAAGUGAAACUAACAAAAUAAUCAGCUGGUGAACACUAUUUUAACAUAUCUUUUACAUAAAAGACAGUCAGUCAUUUGUGAAUCCAGAAAUCUUGCUUUUUUAUGAACAUAUAUCCUUUCUUUUUCAUUCUCUGAAGAAAUACUAAUCUUAAGAAUUGUGAUUUUCUAAGAAACUCGUUUCAUAUGUGCAUAUUUUCUGCUUUUUAAGGAGAGAGAAAACAGAAGGUGAUAUCAACUUUACAGUUUAUAGAUUCUUGCAGUGGCUGCUUUUCUUGAGUGAUAUAAACAUCAAGGAAAGACUGUCCAAAUAUUAGCUUUAUUCUAAUAUAUGGUUUUCAUUAUUACUUUCGUUUUCCAUCUCCUUGUUGACCAAGUAGACCUCCAGGGCUAAUACAGGCAAUGGUCUCACGUUUCUGUGGUCGACAGCAUUUAUACUCAGCUCCUUUUUGCACUUCUCUUCUGUUUUAUACAGCUUUUGAGGAACACAACGGUUGAAGUAGGUAACACUGUCACCACGAGAGGGAGAACCUUGUACUAAGAGAGUGUUGCUCUGUUCUACUGUGCCGGGACAGAAAGGGAUUUUAAAGCUUUUCCCUGCAAGGUUGAAUAAGAGGAGAGUCCCCCACUUUGGGGGUGCUUGCACCAAAGAUAGGGGGCCUCCCAGGAGAGGGGGUGCUUGAACUCCAUACAAGGGACUUGCUCUUCACCCGUGCCACUUAGAGGAAAAGACCGAAUCCCCAGUAUCUGCUGCUGCUUUUUUUUUUUUUUUGAUGUAUGAAUAACUUGUAAAAAAUGUAUAGUUCCUAUUUAUUGGUGGAAGAAGUGUCACUCUUUCAUUUAUUGGAAUCAGAACUACUUUUUCACAAGUAUCUUCAACAAGUUUAAUUGUCUUUCGGGGUGCCCUGUUUGCUUUGUCCUAAUGCCAGGAUAUAGCUUGGUCUGCUGUGAAACUGAUAGAGGUCCUUUAAGUCUGGAAUUUAUUCCCAGUUUCAUAUGUUCUGAACAAUCAGUUCCCUAGAUUCUUGCCUCAAAGUUCAGGUUCAAAGAAAUUCUUAUAAUGAAAUGAAGCAGAAAAUUGGUGAUUUCCCAUACACUCCCCCCAUAAUGAGCUUUUGUUUGUCAAACAUAAUAUGAAUAGGCUGCUCAGUUCAGGGAGGAUGUACACCAUGACCUUUCUUGUCAGCAUCAGUGAGAUCUAUGCUUAAUCCUGAAAAUUGAUUGGACCAAUACUCUGUGGGCCAAAUUCUGCAGGCAGGACUCUCUUUUGUUGACUUCAGUCCAUUUUCUCUGACAGGGAAAGCAUAUGUAGUCCUAGUUUCAUAUACACCCUUUAAGAUGCCACAGGAUUGUUCCCCAUAAUUUAGCAUGUUUCUGCCCAAAGUUUCUAAUCUUCAUAAAACUGAGCUAAGAUUUGAUUUCACUCCACUAGGCAGAUUUUGCCUGUGUUAAGGGCUCUGUGAUUAUAUAGUCUCUCCUUGCUGGGAAACUUAAUUCAAAAGCACUAUAUAAAGCAGGAAGGUUGCUUCCAUUUGAACAAGGCAUAGAAUUUUUUGUUUUAUUUUGUUUUGUUCAGAGAAUCCUAAAUAACCUUGAGUCUUUCUUUGGGUUUGAUUUAUUGGUGAUAGCAUAUUUAUCUUAAAUAAUUAAAUAGUGAGCCACAACAGCUAGUGUAGAUAUAUGCUUCACUGCAAUCCCUUUUCCCUAAUUUAUACCCUUGCUAUGUCCCUUUUCUGUUGUCAGAACAAUGUAAAAGCAUUUGGGUAUUUGGAUAUUUGGAAUUACUUGAUUCCAGGUUUCUGACUGCUCUACCCAGAAGCACUCUGGCCAUACCUUUUCUGUUAUGAUGGUCACAUAUUCAUGUGGGUAAAAUAAAGUUGCUUCUUUGUAAGAUCUGAUUAUAUAACCCUAAAUUCAGACUAUACAUCAAGCUUUUUGGUGGACCUUUUUUUUAAUAAGUGCUACUGCAUUAGGUAUGCAGGAGAAUUUAUAGUGUGAACAGCAUUUCAGCAAACAGGUAGGACCCCCUCAAAGUACACACAGCUGAACAGCAAGAAAAUUCAUUGCUGCUGAUUAUACUGACUAAAUUGGUGUUUAUAGACUUUACAGAAGAGCUGACAAGUGUUAUUCAUUUUGUCUCAUGUGUGCUCAGGCAUGGGAUGCACCACUGUAGCUCUGCACUCUGAGAGAGCAGGUUUAGGUCCUCUCCCUUUGCCACAGCUAGUGAUUCCAUUGUGCUCUCUUUGUUUUUCAUUGUAGGCUCAUUGGUAAAGAUAAACAGCAAGUCUUUAAAGCCUGUUUUCGAGGUGGAUAUUCAGGAUCCCUGCACCCCUACUUAGUUUCUUUCUCUUAGGUUCUUUCUGUAUUUCUGUGCAUGUGAAACGCUUUUCUCCACUGGGGUUAAACAGAGUGUAUCUGCCUGCAGGCAAGGCUUGUAUCUUUGAAAGAGAAAGAAAAAGGAGAAACCUGCUUCUUGGUUAUAAUUUGGUUUAUCUUUUGGUAUUUGCUUUUGUUUACAUUCUGGGGUGAGCUACCGUCUUCAAUAAGGGACUGGGAGUGAGAGAAGUGGCAGAAGGCAAGAGGGAAGCAUGUGCCUGAGCCUAAGUGAAGCAGCGUGCAGUAUUCCUCUGUACACUGAGCAAGUACAUUGAGAUUAGUCUAACAACAGCAGUAUUGUCCUAAUGUGUUCCAUUUUUCAUACAUUUUCCUUUCUUGCUCCUCCUUCCUUGAUGUGGCCUCUUACACUGAUUUUAGUGGUUCCCCAUACUCCUUUCUAGUAGUUACAAGGGUUUGAUGGAGGCUCUUGUGGCUGUCCAAACUGAAAUUAUAACCUCCAAACCAGUGAAUACCCCAAAGUCUUUGUUGUGUUUUCCCAAGUGUUCUCUUCACAAGUGGCAAGCCCUGGCAGAUGUUUUAUUUUGUUAAAAGAGAUAGAUGGGCUAGGGGAGUUAUGGGCUGACUGGGACUCAGUAACAUGCUUGCCUUUGUAAUUAGUGAGCUUUAUUUUGUUUUUCUUAUGUGUCUUCAUUUUAAAGUACUUAAGAGCUUAAAUUCCUGUCAUCAAAAUUCCUGCUUUUCCCACCAUAGCCCUAGGUGGGCCAUGAAAUAAAUACUUCACAUAUAUCCUCAAGUAUUUGCAGGAUGGAGGAGGGAGUUGUUCAUGCACGUGUGCCUGCAUGAGCAGGAGAGAACUGAGGUUAGUGGUGAUCUGUUUUAGGUGGUGAUUUGUUUUAGGGUGGCCACAGAGAGCUUCAAAAACUUGAUUGCACUACAGAACCUUAGCUUGGGCACUGUUAAAAUAGGGACUGUAUAUUUGGAACAGGGAAGCAUCUUAGAUUUUUUAUCCACACAUACACAUGCCCUUUGCAAGGAGUGCCCUUGCAAAGUUUGCAUCCAACAACUUUGUGUAAAACCACUACUGACCUUUUUGCCAUAUCCAUUUAGUUCUCUCUUCUUUCUGCAGCCCCCCAACAAUAGCUUGUCUCCUUUCUGAUUUCUGUCAUUUGACUUACUGUGUUUUCAGUAAAUGUCCUAUCUGCUAAUGAGAUCUCCACAUGGAGUGGGAGGAGAGAAAAUGAGGCAUGUGAAAGUGUGGCUGGGAGACUGCAAAUCCCCCUUUAUUUUGGGGCAUUCAUAUACUUUUACUGAGUGCUGAUUUCUUGGGGGCUGGGUGGGGUGGGGAGGGAGUCUGUGCUUUUUUGGUCUGGAUAAGGCUUUUUAUUUUUGCACUAAGUAUGACUGCACUGCACUGCAUUGCACUACUGAAAUGUAUUUACAUGUGGUGGGAUUGGAAGGGGCCAAUUAAGCAGGAAGGGAGAAGAGAAAGGGAUAGGCACAGAAACCAGGAUGUACCAUAAACCUGACCAGGUUGAAAGAGAACUAGGGUAACCUUUAUUUAAGCAACUAGUCAGACACUGAGACAGCUGUAUUAGAUACCUUCUCUUAAAAUAAAAGUACUAUAAUAUAAUAGAAACUGAAGAGGCAUCACAGGUUUCAGGGUGCUACAGAUCUUUUCCCCCCUUUCUCUAGAGACUGUUCUUUGGGGCUGUGAGAAAGUUAAAAGAACUGCUCAUUUGGUAAACCAGUGUAAGGCUUCAACAUAAAGAUACCGAUUCCUAGUUCAGAUGUCAAAACUUGCACUGUCGGAUAGAAUCUGUUCAAGAGGUUUGACUGUGAUUAGCAUCCCUUCAGUAUAAGCAUGAUCUCUCAGCUCAAGAAGUGAAGCCACAAAGCAGACUUACCAAAGGAGAAGGUCACUGGAAAAAAGCACGUCUUUCUGAGGCUGUUAUGGGAACAGUGCAAUAAACAGUCAUCCUGAACACACAAUUACAGGUGUUCCAGUCAAAUCUUUGGGGUAAGAGGAAGCAGGAGGGACAUCUGGGCAAGAAAGGGUGGUGUGGAAUUCAGUACAUAAAAAAAUAUUCCUGCUUAGGCAAAGAUGCUGUCUAGCAUUUUAAGAUCUCUCUGAUUUGUCUUCUUAAAUGGAUAGUCUAGCAUUGUGAAGGCUUUCAGCUGGAACCAAAUGGAAUUCUAAGUUGAAAAAUACUGUUGCAGUCAAGAUGCAUGUUGGCCUAUGCCUUGAUCAUUAAUUUUGUAACAAGCAUAAUAUGAGAAAAAUUAAAACAGUGGUAAUGUGCAGCAAGAUUCAUCUCUGCUGUAGCUCUUUGUGAUCUAUAAACUCUCAAAAGUUUGUGUUGAAUCUCUUCAGUAAGACUAUAAUUGCAACUUCAGCCAGGUGGUAAAACAGGAUCAUGAAAAAUGCUCUGUAUAGCAACUGGGACAAGAAUGUAAAACGUGAGUGCAUCUGCUUUGGUCCUAUAGUGGAGGGGCCGCCUGUCUAUACAGAGGUUUCAUGGACAAAAAUGGGGAGGUAGUCAUCCAGUUGCUAAGGGAAGUCUAGAAUAAUUGGGGGACUAGAAGUCUAUUCAUGCCCUGAAUUUCUCCUUAGACUUGAAGCUAAGAUAUUCUGGCUUCAUUAGCACCAAGAAAUGGGUAGUUCAGAUCUUUCACAGAGCUGCACAAUGCAAAGCAGAUUGAUGAUGGUCAGUCUGUUGGACUGCCUCAUUUGAGAAAAGUAUUAAGAACUAGAGGGGGAGUCGCAUACAGGAGGCGGUGCUAGGUGGGAAGGAACAAGUCUGUCUGGAACCAGGAGACACUUUGGAGCUAAGGAUGUGUUUUUCUGGUGAGCUCUGAGAUUUCCACUCAGAUUUCAGCCAUCCUGGUUUGAAAGGACUGGAAGAGAAGAACUGGAGAUAUCUGCUGAUGUACUGUUAGAUGAACUACUGAAUGACUCUUCCCUUGAAAGCAAGCAGGACAAUGGAACAGGCAGUCUCUCUCUUUGCCAUAUGCAGGAACCUUCUAAGAUGAAAACCACUGGAAGAUCAACUUCCAGUAAUGAGUCAGUAGAUGCCCAACAACAGCACAGUUCAUUUGAGAGCCAGCAUAAUAGAGAGACAGGAGAGCACCUUUAUUUUGUAAAGUGGCGUUUGCUUCCGUAAGAGUAAUGACAGCUACAGAGUCAUGAUAUGGGAGGAAAUAAAGUCAGUCUGCUGAAGUCAGUCUGCUGAAGUUAAUUCACGUUAUGAGCCAAUAUGCCUGUUUGUUGUUUAGGUGAGUUUUUGUUUUGUUUCCUUGUUUAAGGCAGCUGCAUAUAUUGCUACUGUCAGAGUGGAUUUGCAUUGUCAAAGAGGAGUAGAGGACUGCUCCAGAAGAAAGGUGAAGCUGAGGGUUUACUGAGCCUGCUGUGUCCAGAGUGCCUUUCCUGCUGUGGUAAAAUAAAGAACUUUUCUAGUUUGAGCUGUUCCAGCUGACUGAUUGCUGCAUAUUCCUCCCUUGUGGUGUGACCUGAUGGCAACCAUAUUUGGACAAGGAGAGGAACACUGCAUAUUUGCAAUGCUGUGAUAAGAUGCCAUUUGCACUAGUUUUUUAGAAGUACUGCAACCUGAAGAAGUGGGCUUUGAGCCGUGCUCCAAAUCCUGGUUUGAAUUCAGCCUGUUUAAACCUGAUUCCAGCUGACUCAGUUUCAAAAGAACUGGUCUAGUCCACGUAAACAGGAAUUAAAACCUUUUUUAAAAGCCAGAUUCCAGUUUAUGUUUCCUUUCAGUUCAGUGCUCGACCAGACCAGUUCUUGGGCAUAAGUGUGAUUGUAUAGUUUUAAUGGCUUUUAAAUAAGUUUUUCCUUUUUACGUGGUCAGUUUGAAACUAGUUUAACUGGAACUGCAUUUAAAUAUAGCACAAACUCGUUUCUUUUUUUCAGCAUGGUACUAAAGCCCCAUGUAGACAGUGCUUGACUGAGAAACCAAGGAUAACUUGAGGUUUAUUUUAAGAAGCCAAAACAUAUGUUGCUGACUAGAGAUGCCACAUAACUUAAUGCCCUAUUUUUUCUCCAGAUGGAGAAACACUAACUUGCAUAAUUCCCCUCCAUUUGUCAUCCUGCUUCAUUGUUGCACCUUUUCUCUUGAAUGAAAAUCCCUUUGGCCAGUAGGCUAGAUCCAAAACAGAACUUUCCUAUACUGUUUGAUCAUCUUGUUUCUGCACGUUCCUUUCCUUGACAAUGGCAAGCACUACUGAGGAUCAGCUUGAGUUUUUGCUGGGACUGUGGCGUAGUUAUAGUUCAAGAAGAUGCUAAUGAUAUUUUCAACAUUAUGGUAAUUUCAGAGGUUACCCUUGAGGAAAAAGUUACGUUUCAGAAGUUCCACGGAAAAAAAAGAAAAUGCCAGGAAUCAGGAUGGAGCUUCAGUCACAGUGCUGUAGCCAAGUUUGUAGGGAAUGCAUUUCUGGUGGCUGGUGAUGCUGACAUUUACAAAGGCAAUUCGAAAGCCAUAGAGAAUGUAUGCUUUCUCAUCCCCGCUGAACUAAGAGAAUUUAUACUAACAGAAUGAUCCCAGAGUAACCUGUCAGUGUUCACACUUCUCUAAUGGAGGAGGCUGAGCAAUCUGUCACAUCACCUUAGACAGUCUGAAUUUGGUUAAAGACUGCUUCCGAAUGGCCUGCCAGCCAGGUGCCCUCCCUCAUUGAUCCUAGUAUCACACCUGGCUGGGGAUUUGUCACAUUAGCCGAGGUGACCUUGGGAUAGCCUUGCCCUCCCCCCAGCUAGGAGCCUUUUACCUUUUCUUUUCCUUUUGGUUUUCCAUUGAACCAGGUGUGCAUUUAGUGGUGAAGUAGAUAACAGGUCAGCUGUUGCUCCAGAUGACAAGAAUGGCAAAGCCACAUGGCAACUGAGCUACUGUUGUCCUCAAGGACAUUGGUAAAGGCAAAAGACCAGGCUCUGUUUGAUGGUGUAGUUAUAAACCUACAGCUUCUGCUGCUUGCCCCUCCAAACUUGUUUUGGUCAACUAUGUUGUUGCCCUCAAAUAUGCUUUGUGUGUGAAAAGCUGAAUGCAGUUGUUCUGUUGUCUGUCUUCUUUCUUCUGCAUCAUGGAUGUGGCACCAACUUACUCUCACAACAAACUUGAGUUUUGUUUUGCUGUUGUUAUUAACAUGUAAUUCUACUGUAGACCAAAAAAUACGAAAAGGAAAAAAAUCAGUUUCAAGACAUAGAAGACCAGUGAGUGAAAGGUGAAAAAUUUAGGAAGUGAAGGUGUGAGAGGAGAAGCAGUGGUUAACUGUGUUAAGUUAGAAAUCUCAGAAUAGCCUUACGUAUUUCUUAACCAAUGCUUACCAAUCAUCCAGUAGUGGGGUUAGAUAGCUUUCUUGGUUCAUUUGUACUUGUAUCCUAAUAUAUAUAUUUUUUAUUUUUGUUUCUUUGGUAUUGCUGUUGCACAUCAUGUUGUCUUUUAUAAUGCCUGAUUUUUAUUGUAUUGUACUUUAUCAGUCUGUUUUGGUUUUGUUUCCUUUUGAAGGAUGGGGAAAGUAAUGUUUCCUUUUUGUUUUGAAUUUUUGAGAAAAAAUGCACUGGAAGUAAACACAAACACAUUUUGCCAUUUGAAAAAAAAAGGAAAACACACAGCCACGCAGUGGAAAAGGCUAAGAAAAAGCUCCCCUCUUCUUUAUUGUUAUGGAAGUAUCCUUUAAAAGAUAUGCUAGAAAGAAAACAAACAUUCUCAUACAGAAGAAGAGAGAAGCCUCUUUGAUCCUAGCUCUGCAAUCUGGAGUAUUUUAGCACAGUAUUCUGCAGGGUUGGGCUCCUAAAUGGCCAACAUUUGUAAAAUCCAGAACCACAUGGGGCAAAUUCAUCCCUGGUGCAAGCAGAUGUAAUUGCAAUGAAGUCAAAGGAGGUACCCAAAGGAUGGAUUUAGCCACAUGCGUGCAAGAUACAGCUGCCUUCCCUAUAGUACCUAAGUCCCCACUGCUAGAUUUUAUUGCUGUCAGAACCGUUGGUCUUUCGGCUGUGUUAAUCGCAUAAAAUCCCUUGAACAUUUUUCAAGGUAGGCAAAACACUUUCCCACUGAAUAAAUCAGUUCUGGAUGCACCUUGGUGUGACACUUCUUGCCUACCAGCUUUCAGCUGUUACCCACUCCCAGACGUGAACUGAUGUGAUCUAUCUCUGGCUUGCCUUUGCCAGAAAAACGGACUUGACUAUUAAGCGUAGAAAAACUUUUGCGUAUUUAACUACUAUGAUCCAGAAAUGGCCCUUGCACUUUUAAGGCAUAUGGAAACAUCCUCUCUGUCUUUCAAAAUGGCAACAGUUCUUUUGUGAGUAAAACAUCGUGUGCGCAAAUGCGCCCCAAAUUCUUCCCGGAUCUUUCUGUGCCCAGCAGUGUCCUGUCUCCAUAGUGCCUGGUCGUUUGAGUACAGCAGGGCAGAGACUAGUGUUGAGAUAAAUGCAAAAAGCAUGCAUUUUAAAAGACAGAUGAUUUUCCUGUUAUGCCAUCAUCUUUGAAUCCCCAUAUCAGCUGAUGGGUUUUCCUAGCCUGACGGCUUUCAAUCAGUUGUUGAAACAUUGGCUUUCUCUGUUUUGUUUCCUAAGGAGGGAAUGUGGGGUGGGGAGAAUAAUGAGGUGUUGUUUGUAACUUCACAGUCCUGAUAGUUGGUUUUUAUCUUCCAUAUUUUAUGCAAAAACAGACAUUAUAAGUCAAUAAAUACUUGUGCCCUAGGUUGAAAGUUAAGUGUUCAGGAAAGGAAAAAAAUGGUUGGCAUUUUUCUACAUUUUUGUGAAGACUCUUUUGGAAAGGAAGGGUACAUAUUUUUGUUGUGUAGUAUUUUCUAUUUUUGAAUGCAUUUUCUUGGUACAAGACUGUUUUGUGGAAUUCUUUUUCUUUUUGGUGAACACAUUAUUUAAAAAAAAAAAAAAAGAAAAGAAAGAAAAAACUAAUUGAAAAGUUUGCCCUUAAGGAUAUGCUGCAGUUUUGAGGUUUAACAUUAAAAAAAAAAAAAACAUUCAAGGCGUGUGUUAAAAGUUGGGGGAUUGUAUUGUUGGGAGUUUUUUUGUAAUUGUUACAAGAAGAAGUUUGUAGCCACUGCUGUUUAUUUUGUUUCAGAUGAGUAAGUAAAGGGAUUGUUCUUGUGUUAUUCUUUUUUUUUUUAAGAAAAAGUUAUUUAUGAAAUGUCACAAACACUGGACUGUGAGUUUGUAGGGAAGCAUUUUACCACCCUGUGUCUUCAUAGAGCUGUUGAUGAUCCUACUUCUCAUUACUCUGCCUUAUGAUUUCCUGAGCAAAUUUGGAGGGGCUGGGGGGAGAAGGAGGGAGAAACUAAAUGCCUUUUUGAGUCAGAGACUCGGGGGAAAAAUACAAAACAGUGUUUUGGAAUCCCAAAGCUGGACCAUCAGCUCUGCUACUUCUCCUGUCUACCACAGAAAUGAAAAAGGCUUACAGUCACUGGAGGAGAAAGAAAAAUCAUGGUACUGAGAUGUGGCAGUGCACAAGGGGUUAAGUGACUGAGAGACAUGAUGAUCAUAAUGACCUCUGUAAAUGACAUCUCAGUUUCUCAGUCAACAGCUCCCUUGGUUUGCCUUCAUCCUACCAGUGGCUUUUGUGACCAACACACCAACCCAACUGAAACCAUGAGGAUAACUUACGCUUUCAGUCACUGAUCAAAGCCCUUUUUGGCACCCCAGCAGUGGGAGUGACCAGCAGGGAGCACUACUCAAUUUGAUCACUGGUCUGGAUUUGAGGAGAAGUAGAGGCUGAGGGUGACCAAAGAGGUGUGCUGUGUUCUUCAUGUUUGAAGAACAGGCUUAAAAGACUAAAGCGGUGCUCCAGGUACUCAUGGGACCGGAGAAAAGGGAAGGAGGAAGACACCAACAGCCAUAACAAAAACUGGAGAUAUGUAACUGGGCUACAUUCAAAACCAACCAGACUCUUUUCCUUCCUGGACGAAAAUGCAGCCAAAUCUUGAGACUGUCAAGCAGACAGAAAGCUGAAUGUGGCCUUCAUUUCUCCUGCCUUUCCUUUUUAUUCUCCCUCUUCCUUUACCCUGAGGUUUCUUCUCAGUGAGCACCUGCUCCACUGAGCACUUUUUUGCCCUCCACCUAAACUGCCCUUGCUUUCAAAAUGUGGGUUCAGUCAGGACUGAGUAAAAUCAUGUGCCUUCUUUUCCCCUUUUGUAAUUAUACCAGCCUCCUCCCCUUCCCCAAGUUACACAUGUGAGAGACACAGGAGGGGGCUCUUCAGAAGUGCUACUUGUCUAUAGGUGUCCAGCAAAACAGUAAGGUGGUGGUGAAAGGAAGAGGAGCAAGGGAGAUGCUAUUAGCUCCUUUCCCUUUCCACACGUAGCAGGUCUUCCCAAGGAGACACCCUUCACCACCACCUCCUCAGACACUCCCCUCUCCUACACUGCAGCUGUAGUGAGCAUGGGGUGGUUCUUCUCUCCCAUUUCUAUCCUACUUUGUGAAGCACUCAAUUGCAAUUCAUGUCAUUUGCAAGCAGUCACAUUGACAGGACAAAUGCAGUUUGUGGCCUUAUUGAGAUGACUUUUAAACCACUAAAGAAAAAAAGGCAACUCAUUUCCCGCCCAAGGUUUGUGUCACUUCUAAAAACCCAGUCCGUAGCAGUUUAGACUCCUUUAAUCUCAGUCCAUUUUAAUGAUGGUGGCUAAACUGACUAGCCUAGAGCUUAAAUGCUAGACCAUCUGGUCUCAUGUUUUGUUUGCUAUUGCCCCUACUGUCUGCUUGCUUUUCUCAUUUUCUACUAUAUUCUCUGCUUUACAAGGCAGCCCUAGCCUUUGGUGGAGGGUGAGAGGAGCCAGUGGGAUCCUGGCUCAAGGAAGGUAGUUCAUGAAUCGUUUUCAGCCUUGUAGCAGGAGAAGGAUACACCAGCUACCACAGCAAAUGCAUAUUAUGAUAGGCUGACUGCAGUGUUUUUAGGGCAAAUUAACCCCACCCAGUUACUGGAAGAUGACUUGUUCCCAAAUCAAAACCAUGGAGUAAAAAGAGUGCACUGGGCCAAUGGAAAAGUGGCUUGCAACCCACAGCUGCUUGCGGGCAAAGACAGGGACCCAAUUGCCUCCCAGCUUCUCUGCAGGCUUGCCCACUGCACAGUCAGUGUUCCUGACUCCAUGGAGGAGCCAGAUGUGCUGUAGAAGCUUUUCUGGUUUUAAGAAUCAGUGCAAAGCAGCCCCUGAGAGGUGUCUGUCUGUCAGGCAAGCACAAGGGUGAACGCCCGCCUGUGCUGUUUUUCUGCAGAUCAGGAAGCUCCACGCAGGCUUUCCUGGAGCUUGGCCUUUCAGAAAUCCACCUGUAAAACCUGUAGCACCUGGGUGGUGGGAAUGAAAAAUCCCUAGAUUGCUUCCAUAAAUGAUCCAGUAAAUGAAAAUGUUGCAGAUGGGGGAUUGGAAAUUUAUUCUUUAGGCUGGGCUCUAAAGCCAGGGAGGAGCAACAGGGGAAUGGUGUAUUUAUUUCCCCCCUCCCAAUGAACAAGUCUGCAUGUGUUCACAUACAUACAAGAGAAAGGGUGUAUUCCUACCCAUCUUUGGUGCUGAUGGACUUAAGACAUUUGUCCAAGGCCUACUUUUGACACAGAGAAAAUAAAAAUAAACUCCUAUCACAUGCAAUAUUUCCCCCCCAAAAAAGUGAGGGAGGGAGAGGAGAGCAGUGUGGGCAGUCGGGAUGGUUAGGGUUGGAUUAUUUUGCAUCUUUUGUAAAACUGUAAUUUCAACAGUGCCUUAUUCCUAAUAGAUGCUGGCACUUGGGAGACACACACAAUGAAAGACAGAACUAGGGAGAGUCAGAUGUAUACAUCCAUAAGACAGAGGUCAUUAAUCAUUGUAAAGGAAGCUGUAUUGGGAAUGACACAGCUGUGUCAGAAUUGAAAACAGUUCAAAUAUUCAACCUCUAAAGCAAUUUCCCUUCCACCACCUCCUGCCUUCCCUCUUUGCCAAUGGUGCUGCCCAGUAAUAGCUGCCUACACUGAGGCCUGUCACUGCCCCAUUUGCUUUUAGUGUUGUCAAGUCCAAGGAGUUUAGCAUAGUCAAGCUUUCCACUGCAAUCAUGUUUUCCAUGGGGUAUGUGAAUGCCAGUUAUUUUGCUUUAAAUGCACUUUAAAUAAAAAAAAAAAUCAAAUCAAAGCUCCAGACUGUUUCAAAUACAUAGGAGAAGAUAGUGCAUAUGUGUUUGAACCCAGUUGACUUUAUCUCCAGUUAAAGUGUACUCCAUGCAGUGUGUAUGUAUAGAACAAUGUGUAUGCAUACAAACACACACGUCAACCUUAAGUAUCAACAGACUAACCUUUCUCCUUAAGCUCAUGAAACCAGAUGAUACACAAACACAGCAGCAGCAGAGGAAUUAUGGUUGGGUUCUUGAAAUAGAUCACAAAAAACAAAAACAACUACUUGGUCCUUUCUGUACAUUCAAUAAUUACAGAAGGAAUUGGGUUGUAACCAGAAUAAAAAGGAACGGUGCUAAAUGAAUGAAUGGGCAAAAAAAAAAAAAAAAAGAAGACUAAGACAAAAACUCAGCCCAAUAACACAGUUUGACUUUUAUGCUAAUUCUCACAUUGGGUUGAUUUGUUACCCUUUUUUUUUUUUUUUUGGUUUAUAUGAAAAUAAAAUUCCAUCUAAACUAAUCCACCACAAUGAUAACAACAAAGUAAGCAAACAAAAAUGCAUCCUGGCCUGAGGAAGCUCUUGUUUAUGGAGGAUGUCAGAAGUCUCAAAACUCUCGGCCUUGCUCUCACGUACCACAUGCUCAAUCAGUCCUUUUUUUAAAAUGUCUGAAACUGAAAGAAAAAUUUAAAAAAAAAAAAAAAGAAAAAAAAAACUUUUUGAAGCACCUUAUGUGGCUGCCCAUUCCUGGAGUGGGAGCUGCCUUUUUUUCUUUGAGCACCUUACUGAUGUGUUAAUGCUAUCUGCUGUCUUUUUGUUCCCGAGUGGCUGGCUGUUGGCAUGGGCACGGAGCGUGCGGGGUGCGGGGAUGGCUGGGUGGGGGCUGCAGUGCUGCACACACACACACACACACACACACACACACACACACACACACACACACACACGUGGGCACCGGCCUUCCUGCAACACGCUGCACAUGCACGUGGAGGGGGCAUCCAGCCGCAUUCCCAUUCCCCGCGGCGCUGCCUUGAACCCAGGUGGAAAUUUGUUGGUCAGUCUUUGCUAAAUGGUGGAGGGGAGAGCACACACUUCUUGUGUGCGAAUGUAAAAGAUAAAAAUUGGACAUUUUCCUCUUGGGGACAGAAGAAAUUCCCAGCAUUCAACAGAUGCCGAGUGAAUGGGAAACUGCACCCAGGCCUAAAUCCUGAGGUCUUUAUGCAGGCAGCCAAUGAUGAUGACCUCGGGCACCGGCUUGCCAACAUUGAGACUUCAGGAUUUGGCACAGGAGUGGCAGGGAUCCUCCAGAGGAGAUGGGUCUCUGCAGGUGCCGACACACGUUGCCAUGGUCAUACAUGUCGUUGGACACCCACCCAUCCUCACCCCCCCGAGCACGCACUGCUGCCUGCACACACACACACCCCCACACCCGCUGUACAGGCAUCUCUCUCGAGAAACAUGGUUUGUGACAAUGUGAAGAGCAGGUCAAAAGUUUUGAGGGGUUAAGUUCCUUUUUUUUCUCUCAUUAUACUCUGUAAAUGGUAUGUCAGUUAUCAAAAACAAGCAAAUAGAAAAUUGUUAAAAAAAAAAAACCUUGCAUACGCCUUUUCUAUCAAGUGCUUUAAAAUAUAGAAUAAAUACACACA